CCGGAGCGCGUCGGAGCGCGCCGGAGUGCCCUGGAGCUCCGCGCUCGCUCUGGGGCCUCGCCGGAGGCGGUUUCCUCCUCGCCGGCUUCGCGGGUUUCCUCCUUCGCCAGCUCCUUGCUGCUUCCUCUCGGUCCCUGGGCUCAGAGUCCGCACGCGCCGGCCUGGAGCCGUUUGGACGCCUUCGCGAAGCGGAGCGGACACUCUUCACCAAAGGAUAUGGAUGAAAAUGAAAGCAACCAGUCUCUGAUGGCAAGCAGCCAAUAUCCUAAAGAAGCAGUAAGAAAACGCCAAAAUUCAGCACGCAAUUCUGGAGGAAGUGAUUCUUCUAGGUUUUCCAGGAAAAGCUUCAAACUGGAUUAUAGACUAGAGGAAGAUGUAACUAAAUCAAAGAAAGGAAAAGAUGGAAGAUUUGUGAACCCUUGGCCAACAUGGAAAGAUCUCUCUAUUCCACAUGUUCUCAGAUGGCUGAUCAUGGAGAAAGAUCACAGCCAUGUCCCAUGUUCUAAAGAGGAACUUGACAAAGAACUCCCAGUGCUUAAGCCAUAUUUUAUCGAUGACCCUGAAGAAGCUGGAGUGAAGGAAGCUGGCUUAAGAGUCACAUGGCUGGGACAUGCAACGGUAAUGGUGGAAAUGGAUGAGCUCAUAUUUCUCACAGAUCCCAUCUUCAGCUCUCGUGCUUCACCAUCACAGUAUAUGGGUCCAAAACGAUUUCGUCGUCCGCCGUGCACAAUAAGUGAACUUCCCCCAAUAGAUGCAGUCCUUAUUAGUCACAAUCACUAUGACCACCUAGACUACAAUUCUGUCAUUGCUUUGAAUGAGCGAUUUGGUAAUGAGUUGAGGUGGUUUGUGCCUUUGGGUCUUCUCGACUGGAUGCAAAAGUGUGGCUGUGAGAAUGUGAUUGAACUGGACUGGUGGGAAGAGAAUUGUGUCCCUGGACAUGAUAAGGUCACCUUUGUCUUUACACCCUCCCAACACUGGUGUAAAAGGACUCUGAGGGAUGACAACAAGGUUCUGUGGGGCAGCUGGUCUGUCUUGGGGCCUUGGAAUCGAUUUUUUUUUGCUGGAGAUACUGGUUAUUGCCCUGCUUUUGAAGAGAUAGGAAAAAGAUUCGGACCUUUUGACCUUGCAGCGAUUCCCAUUGGAGCCUAUGAACCACGGUGGUUUAUGAAAUACCAACACGUAGACCCAGAAGAAGCUGUAAGGAUUCACAUUGAUGUUCAAACAAAGAAAUCUGUAGCAAUUCACUGGGGAACUUUUGCCUUAGCAAAUGAGCAUUACUUAGAGCCUCCACUGAAACUGAGUGAAGCUCUAGAAAGAUACGGACUGAAAACUGAAGACUUUUUUGUCUUGAAGCAUGGAGAAUCAAGAUACCUAAAUUCUGAUGAUGAAAACUUUGAAUAAAUACAAGCACAGAAAUUUUUAGUGAAAAAAUGCAUCAAUCUCAUAUAAAUUUGAAAACAAAUGAAAAGACUAAGAAAUUCAUGAAUACUAUGAUUUUUUUUGAUAUUUAGAAACAACUUCUGCAAGUGUGUUUUAUGUAAUAACUUGCCUAUUAAUAUGAUUGCCAGAUCAUACAAGUUAUAAGAGGAUUUCAGGGGUGUGUCAUUUAAAUAAUUAAUUGGCUUUUAUGGAUUUUAAAUCUUGAGUAAUGGUAUAACCAUUGCAAUGGGAAAUGCUUUUUUUUUUUUUUUUCAACUAAAGUUCUAUAGUGGUAGAAUUUUCAGAGGUUGUGAAAAACUGAUAUUAAAGAUUCAUUUAUGUUUUUUUGUUCUUCAGGACUUUCUACAAGGUGAGUGAAGGUUGUCUACCUACCUAGAUUUUUUUCAGAGGCCUACACAUACAAAUAUCUUUGUAUAUUCACAUUGUAGUAAAUGAUGAAAUUGACUCCCAUAUACUUAUAAUAGUUCUUGCUCUGUCAAGAUUAAUUUAUAUGCCAAAUGUUAAAAAUGUGAUUUCUUUUGUAAAGCAUAAAAACAUAGAGUUUGCACUAAGUUAAUCAUUUUUGAAGACUUUUUUUUAUUAAGAUAAAAUGUAUAUAGCAUAAAAUUUACCAUUUUAAACAUUUUUUAAACUUGCCAGAGUGCAUACAUAAUGUGUACUCUGGGUGUAGGCGGGGUGAGAGAGGAUACCCCCACUCCCCCCACCCCACAUGGGUGGGUAUGGUCACACUGCAGUACUCUUCCUUUUCUCUCUCCCAUCAGGAAUGUAUGCAUGCCGUGUUUUUUUCCAAGCUACCUAGGGCCAGGACUCAACCACAGUUGGCUGUGUGGGAUCUCGCUCCCAAGGCCUAACACUUAACCACUGUGGUAAUGGGGUCAGCCCACUGUUUUAACCAUUUUGAAGUGUACAGUGUUUUGGCAUUCAUGCAGCUGUGACUGCCAAGACUGCCAUAG